AGGAGGCGCCGUCCCGCCGAGCCGGACACUUGCCCUCGCCGCUCCCGGCCGCGGUCCUCAUGGACGCCGCUCUGCUCCUCACCCUCGGGCUGUUCGCCCAGAGUCUUGGCCUGUCCUGGGGGGUCCCCCAGCUGCGACUCAGCACCCUGUACCCCUGGCACCAGCCACCAGCUCUGGGCCGUGUGCGGAGAGCCUGGGUCAUCCCACCCAUCAGCGUGUCCGAGAACCACAAGCGUCUCCCCUACCCACUGGUGCAGAUCAAGUCAGACAAACAGCAGUUGGGCAGUGUUAUCUACAGCAUCCAGGGGCCUGGCGUGGAUGAGGAGCCCCAAGGCGUCUUUUUCAUCGACAAGUUCUCAGGGAAGGUGUUCCUCAACAAGAUGCUGGACCGUGAGAAGACGGACCGCUUCAGGCUAAGGGCCUUUGCCCUGGACCUGGGUGGAUCCACCCUGGAGGACCCCACGGACCUGGAGAUCGUGGUUGUGGAUCAAAAUGACAACCGACCAGCCUUCCUACAGGAGAUGUUCAUGGGCCAUGUGCUGGAGGGGGCUGCCCCAGGCACCUUUGUGACCAGGGCAGAGGCUACAGAUGCAGAUGACCCCGAGACAGACAACGCUGCACUACGGUUCUCCAUCCUGGAGCAGGGCAGCCCCGAGUUCUUCAGCAUCGAUGAGCACACAGGAGAGAUCCGCACUGUGCAAGUGGGGCUGGACCGCGAGGUGGUUGCUGUUUACAACCUGACCCUGCAGGUGGCAGACAUGUCUGGUGAUGGCCUCACUGCCACAGCCUCAGCCAUCAUCUCCCUGGAUGACAUCAAUGACAACGCCCCCGAAUUCACCAAGGAUGAGUUCUUCAUGGAGGCCAUGGAGGCUGUCAGUGGAGUGGAUGUGGGGCGGCUCCAGGUGGAAGACAGGGACCUGCCUGGCUCCCCGAACUGGAUGGCCAGGUUCACCAUCCUGGAAGGCAACCCUGACGGGCAGUUUGCAAUCCGCACGGACCCCAAGACCAAUGAGGGAGUGCUGUCUGUGGUGAAGCCCCUGGACUAUGAGAGUCAGGAGCGAUAUGAGCUCAGAGUGUCUGUGCAGAAUGAGGCCGCACUUCAGGCAGCUGCCCCCCGGGCCCAGCACGGCCAGGCCAGGAUUAGUGUGUGGGUGCAAGAUACCAACGAGGCUCCCAUGUUCCCGGAGAACCCACUGCGGACCAGCCUAGCUGAGGGAGCCCCCCCAGGCACCCCUGUGGUUACCUUCUCUGCCCGAGACCCAGACACACAGCAACUACAGAGAAUCAGCUACUCAAAGGACUAUGACCCCGAGGACUGGCUGCACGUGGAUGGAGCCACUGGCAGGAUCCAGACCCAGCGGGUGCUGAGUCCGGCCUCACCUUUCCUCAAGGAUGGGUGGUACCGGGCCAUCAUCCUGGCUCUGGAUGAUGCUUUUCCUCCCAGCACGGCCACUGGCACCCUGUCUAUUGAGAUCCUGGAGGUGAACGACCAUGCACCUGCGUUGGCCCUGCCACCCACCAGCAGCCUGUGCAGUGAGCCUGAUCAGGGGCCUGGCCUCCUCUUGGGCGCUACAGACGAGGACCUGCCUCCCCACGGGGCACCCUUCCACUUCCAGCUGAGUCCCAGGGUUCCAGAGCUCAGCCGGAACUGGAGUCUCAGCCAGAUUAACGUGAGCCACGCCCGCCUGCGGCCACGGUACCACAUCCCCGAGGGCCUGCACCGCCUCAGCCUGCUGCUCCGGGACUCUGGUCAGCCGCCCCAGCAGCGCGAGCAGCCGCUGAACGUGACCGUGUGCCGCUGCGGACCCGACGGCACCUGCCUGCCUGGGGCCGCAGCGCUGCUGGCUGGGGGCGCGGGCGUUAGCCUGGGCGCGCUGGUCAUUGUGCUGUCCAGCGCCCUCCUGCUGCUGCUGCUGGUCUUGCUCGCUGCGCUUCGCGAGCGGUUCCGGCGGCAGACGCGGGACAAGAGUAUGCUGCACGGGCUACAGGACGACCUUCGGGACAACAUCCUCAAUUACGACGAGCAGGGAGGAGGGGAGGAGGAUCAGGAUGCCUACGACAUAAACCAGCUGCGCCACCCGACAGAGCUGACACCCCUGAACCUCCCCCUGGGAACACCGUCACUCCGCCGCGAUGCCCCCUUUGGCUACGUGCGCCGCCAGCCCCACCGAGCGCUGCCCACCAGCCCCGCUGACAUGGCCAACUUCAUCAGUGAUGGCUUGGAGGCUGCAGACAAUGACCCCAGUGUCCCACCCUAUGACACAGCUCUCAUCUAUGACUACGAGGGGGAUGGCUCUGUGGCAGGAACGCUGAGCUCCAUCCUGUCCAGCCUGGGUGAUGAAGAUCAGGACUAUGACUACCUCCAGGACUGGGGCCCCCGUUUUGCCCGGCUGGCAGACAUGUAUGGGAAUCCAUGAAGGCCAGAGUCAAGAGCAGGACAUGCUGUCUGGACGUGGCCCCCUGGCCAGGGAGGGAGACUUUCUGCUGGGGACACCUACCCCCACAGAGGGGCAACCUGACCACGUCCUUGGCCCCAUGGCAGAGAUGACUUCGAUGAGCCCCAUGGAUAUGGGCCAUGGAGCCUCACUCUCCCAGGGGAGGACCAAGUAUGGGGUAUGGAACGUGGAGCGUGGACUGGAUGGCCAGAGGAGAUGCCCUCAGCCACCCCCCUGGGGUUUAUUCUCCUGCCUCAGCCCCGCACUAGUGGCCCUCAGACCCUCCGGGGGUGAAUUGGAAUUAAAAAUGCACAAGUUUAUC